AUGGCAUCUUCCAAACCUUCCCAGCGCAAUUAUUUCAAACAAAAACUAAUAUUAAAGGAGGAGGAGAAGGUUCUGAAAGAAAUGCUGGGUAAAUUUCAAGACCAGCUGAACAGGUUAAAAAUUGAAGAACUGGCUCUAAUGAGUUUGUUGAAGAUGCAGGAGGAACAGUCAAAGACAGGUCACAAGGACACACCUGUGAAAAGCACUGUUGGCUCUCUAGAUUCUAUCUCUGACACAGCAAGCAUAACGUCUGUGGCCCCCAUUGGAUUGAUGUAUGAGAACGUGUCAGAAAUGAACAAGGAAUUUCUGGAUCUGAAUGUUGAUGGAAAGACCACUGAAGGUCAGCGAUGGCAGAAUGACUUUGAAGAAGAGGAAGAUGAUGAAGGUGGUGAAAAAGGAAAUGUGGAUGGGAACAGAGGAACGGUGGAUGAACAUUUUGAGGAAUACAUGGACACUUAUUGGGAUAUGUCCUGA